GAGCGAGGUGGGUCGCGGCGGUGCCGCCUGUCAGCGCGAACGCCAGCUCGCCAGGGCGACCGGACAAGGGGUGGGUGCCGAGCGAGCACACAAAGGACGCCCACCGCCAGUGUCGACGGCACCGGCUGAGCCACCAUGACUCGCGUUUUAUGACACAGUCGACUGGGCUUCCGCGGGCUCAGCCUGCCAUUUUAUUUUGUUUUUAAAAUAAACUCCCAUUCAUUGGAGUAUCACAUUGAUAGGCCGCGUCCUUAGGAAGGCGGUCAUUGAGGUGAAUUAAUGCGUCGAUUCUGCUGAGCAACGGAGGGAGAAGAGAAAAAUAUACUGGAUAUUUACUUGGUAUUUGGAAGAUAAUAAUUCUUAGCUGUUUGGCGAUGGUGGAUGUGGAUUUCGCUGGCUGCGGUGCAUCUGGCGAUGGUAGCAGUCGCAACAGCCGAAAGAUGCUGGAGCUGCCCGACUCUGACUGUGCUGAGGUUGUACCGCUGGAGCUGUACGAUUCCUCUCGGGCUAAGAUAGCCGCUAAUCUGGCCUGGAUCUUUUCCAAAGCAUACGGAAUAGAUAAUAUUCCUGAGGAUUUAAGGGAUGCUUUCUACACAGAUCAAUAUGAACAGGAACAUAUUAAGCCACCAGUGAUCAAGCUGUUGCUAUCCAGUGAACUCUAUUGUCGUGUGUGCAGCCUAAUUUUAAAGGGGGAUCAGGUGGCUGCAUUGCAGGGUCACCAACCUGUCAUUCAAGCAUUGUCACGCAAAGGCAUUUAUGUAAUGGAGAGUGAUGAUAUGCCAGUUUCAGAAUCGGACCUCACACAGUCUCCAGUCAAAAUGAAUGCUCACAUGGCUUUGAUUGAUGCUCUGAUGAUGGCCUACACAGUUGAGAUGAUCAGCAUUGAAAAGGUAGUGGCAUCUGUAAAGCGUUUUUCCACGUUUAGUGCCUCAAAGGAAUUACCAUAUGAUCUGGAAGAUGCCAUGGUGUUCUGGAUAAAUAAGGUGAAUUUAAAAAUGAGAGAGAUUACAGAAAAGGAAUUUAAACUUAAACAACAAGUUAUAGAAAGUCCAAGUCACCAAAAGGUUCGUUAUCGACGGGAUCACCCCUUGAGCAAGCAGUUACCAUUUUUCCCCCUAAUGGAGGACUUAAUGAGGGAUGCUUGUGAUGGUUGCUCACUUCUGGCCGUUAUUCACUAUUACUGCCCAGAGCUCAUGAAAUUAGAAGAUAUUUGCCUGAAGGAAGUGACUUCAAUUGCAGACAGCUUGUACAAUAUUCAGCUCCUGAUAGAUUUCUCAAAUCAUUACCUGAACAGAAGUUUCUAUCUUACGCUUGAAGAUAUGCUAUAUGGCCCUACAGUGCUGAAGCCUAAUGUUAUGGUGUUCAUUGCUGAGUUGUUCUGGUGGUUCGAAGUUGUGAAACCUGACUUUGUACAGCCAAGGGAAGUUCAAGAAAUCAAAGAUGCUAAAACCCUCUUACAACAAAAGAACUUGCGUCCACCUCUUCCAAUUUCCAAUGCAACAAAAAGGAGCUUUAUGGUCAGCCCAGCAAAUGGUGACAUGACAGCAACUCCACCACAAAGUAGCCAAGAUAUUGGAACCAGGUAUUGCCUGCAUCCUGAAGAGUUUGUCAAAGGAAGCCCUGCCUUCAGUCCAUCCCACCCACUGUUGCCUUUAAGACAGAGGCAACACAAAUCUUCUUUGCCUUAUGAAGAUAGUCAAGAUACCCGGCAUCGUUCAAAUUCCCUUACUCGAGUUGAUGGGCAGCCAAGAGGCUCAGUGUUGGCUUGGCAAGAAAAAAAACCAAGACCUUUGUCUCAACCAACGCCAUUUGCCCUUCACUAUGCAACUGACAGUGAUAUAGAUGUUGCUUCUGGUGAUAGUAUCAGCCUGGCCAGGUCUAUUAGCAAAGACAGUCUUGCAUCCAAUAUAGUCAAUGUAACUCCUAAGCAUCAAUCUCAGUUGUUUUCUCCAACUGCAGAAAGCAAUGGAAAAAGUUUGCUAAGAAAUGUGGACAUUGAAGAUGAGGAUGAUGAAGAACUAAUGGCAAUAAUUAAGUCAAACGAAGGAAUGGUUAAUAAUUGUAAUCUUGAGUUACAAAGUGUUUCAUCAAAAGCCCAAAAUCAGUUUGUGCUGUCAAAGUCCCCAAGGAAGCAAAAUGACAUUGAAGCAGGAAACCAAACUGGUGGUUUUUUCUUAGAACCUUUAAUGCCUGCUGUUUUAAAACCAGCCAAGGAAAAUCUCUUCAUUGUUAAUAAACAUGAAGAAUAUGGAGAACGUAAAUACAGAUCUCCAUCAGCAAAGAAAAUAACUGAUGGACAUUUGCCUUCAAUGCGCAAAAAAGCAGUGAAUGUCAAUGGUGAAGCAGAUAUUAACAGGACUUUCACUCCCAUAACCAGCUCUGACUUCAUGGUAGUCACAGAUCCAAUCACUACAGAAUCUUUAAGGCACAUUGAAGCACCAGGAGUUUCCAUGAGUAACUUCAGGCCUUUGGCAAGCAGUAGUGCUGAUGGUUCAAUGCAAGAAGAGUCUGGAGGUUUCUUUCUUCAUACUGGUGAUGCUGAAGAAGGAUUCAGUGACAUAUCAGUGAAUAAUACGAUUACUAUGGACAGUAGUAAACCCCGUGACACAACAACAUGGACUGUGAAUAUCCAGGAUUCUGAUUCAGACAUUCUGGAUAUGGAAGAGGCUGUACAAGAUCUAGUUAAUGAUGAUGAGGAGCAACAUGUAAGAAGCUGUUAUAGUGGAGAAGAGGAAUCUCGAAAAUUACAUCAUGAUAUGAAGGUAAAAGAACAUGAGGACAAAGAUGAUGCCAGUGGACGUUCCAGCCCUUGUUUGAGUACAAUCUCUCAGGCUAGCAGUACGUCCAUGACCAGUGCCAGUAUUAGAAUGACCAGCUUUGCGGAACGUAAAUUACAAAGGCUUAACAGCACUGAGGCAAAAUCAAGUGCAAGUAGUUCUCAGAAGACUACACCUGAUGGGUCAGAAUGUUGCCCCCUACCCAUGAUGACAUGGAGGCAGAAACGAGAACAGAGUCCUGGUAGACAGAUCAAAGAUAGUGCUCAGAUACUGGCCUCAGAACUAGUUAAACUUCACAUGCAGCUUGAGGAGAAAAGAAGGAUAAUUGAAGCUCAGAAAAAGAAAAUGGAGGCUCUCUCUGCUAGACAGCGUCUAAAGCUUGGCAAAGCCGCUUUUUUGCAUAUUGUUAAAAAGGGGAAGAAUGAAGGGAUUCCUCAACCACUCAAGCCUGAGCAUUUCACAAAAGGAGCAGAAUGUCCAAGUCAUGAGGAAACUGUUGCUCAUGUAGCUAGACCACCAAAAGCUGAUGAAGAUUUUCCAAACCAAGAAGAUUACUUAAGACAAGCAGAUGAAUUAGGGACAAGAGAUUUACAGGAGAAAAUAACUGAGGAUGAUAUUCAAGAGAGCAUUGCUGCUGUUCGACAACGAUGGUUUAAGGAAUCCACACAAGUUGGCCCUGAUGUUGAUAAGAACAAGAUGAAUUUUAAUGGCUGCUAUGAGGAUGGUAUGGCAGAUCUUGAUGUGAAUGAGUACAAUCGUUCAAUUGAAAAACUUAAUGAAACUUUGAGCAACCUUCAGUUUGAGAUGCAUAAGCUUUCACAGCAGCAGGAACUCUUGAUGAAGCUUAAGGACCAAGUACCAACAACACCUGUAUCAAAUAUCAAUCGUACUCUGCUGGAUCAAAAGAACAAGCAAGCAGUGCAGAUUGUUGAACCAUUAUCACCCACAGGUGGGAGUCCAUCACCAACUGUACGCAAGCAGCCGCGGAGUAUGUCGUUGAAAAGUCCCCGGGCAGGAAGGCCAACGGAGCUGAAAGUCUCGAGGGAUACUAAAACGCAAGCGUCUUUUCGUAUUAUUACACCAACACACAGUGUAGAAACUCUGCCCCAUUUGCGACCUUCCCCAGGUAGUAAGCCACUUAAAUCUGACACUGAGGAUAUUGCUGCUGGGUCUUUUGAUGGCAGGUCUUCUAAAGACUCUGCUGAUCCCACUUCUGAAAGGACGAAGGAUACUGAUGGUGCCAAGCAAUAUGAACAAAAUAACCAGCGAACAUUGGUGCUCUCUGGAUUUCAGAAAGACAGUUAUAAUUAUUUCAAUGAUCAAAUCAACACUGAGGCAGUAAUUAGUACUCCAAACAAACUUGAACACUCAUCACUUAACUCUUCAGAUAGUUCAGGGAAGGAGAACAUUCCUAUUGAGGAACAAUCCAAAAACAAAGCCAACCUUAUUGAAGUAGAUCUCUCUGAACUGAGGGCACCAGCAGAAGGUGAAGAAUGUGAAAGCCAAGGCAUUUCCACCAGCCAAGUGAUUUGUGAAUCAGAUCAGAAGUCUGGAUUGGGCUUUUUUUUCAAGGAUGAUCAAAAAGCAGAAGAUGAGUUGGCAAAGAAGCGAGCGGCAUUCCUCCUCAAGCAGCAGCGCAAAGCAGAAGAAGCUCGUUUACGAAGACAGCAGCUGGAUGCUGAGAUAGAACAGAAGCGUGACGAAGCAAGGCGUAAAGCUGAAGAGGAUCGGAUUCGCAAAGAGGAGGAGAAAGCACGAAGAGAGUUAAUCAAACAGGAAUAUCUAAGACGUAAACAGCAGCAAAUACUGGAAGAGCAAGGUCUUGGUAAACCGAAACCUAAAGUUAAGAAGCAACGUCCAAAAUCAGUUCAUCGGGAAGAAUCGUAUAGUGAACCACCAUCAAGAUAUCCUUCUACUCCUGAUAAUCUCAGCAGUGCUCAGUCUGGGUCCAGUCUGUCACUGGCAUCUGCGGCUACCACUGAAGCAGAAAGUGUGAAUUCUGGUGGUGGCAGUGGUAGUGGUGGCUUUUCACAAAGGACAGACUCCAUGGAGACCUUCUCAGUGUUGAGCCGAAAUCAGAGUAGGAACACAGAACGAGACUGGGAGAAUGCAUCCACAGCCUCAUCAAUUGCAUCUGUGGCUGAGUACACAGGUCCAAAGUUAUUCAAGGAGCCAAGCUCAAAAUCAAAUAAGUCAAUAAUUCAUAAUGCUAUCACACAUUGCUGUCUUGCGGGAAAAGUAAAUGAGCCACAGAAAAAUUCAAUACUUGAGGAGCUUGAAAAAUGCGACGCUAACCAUUACAUCAUCUUGUUUCGUGAUGCGGGCUGUCAGUUCCGAGCACUUUAUGCCUAUUCUCCAGACUCUGAGGAGAUCCAGAAGUUAACUGGCACAGGGCCUAAAAACAUUACAAAGAAGAUGAUCGAUAAGCUUUACAAGUACAGCUCGGACAGAAAGCUGUUUAGCCUAAUACCUACCAAGACCAUGUCAGUCAGUGUGGACGCAAUCACAAUUCACAACCAUUUGUGGCAAGCCAAGCGAUCUGCAGUGCCAAAGAAGCAUGCAACAGGAAAAUGAAGAGAGUUUUUUUGCUGGUUCAUUUUAAAGUUCUCCAGCAAUCUAAUGUUUCUCCCAUUUCCCCAUAGUAGAUUGUGUUGAAAUCGGCAUUUUUUCCAUUUGAUUUGGUGGCUAUUUAGUUUUGGGAGACAGCAGAUCUCUCCAGAUUCUGUUGCAGAUUACAGAAUGGAAUCUUUUAUUGAAUGUUUGCACAGACAGUGAAAUGUUACCUAUUCCACUAAUGACAAAAUAAGUAGUUGGUAUUUUUCUGAUGGAUUGUCAGUCUCUAAGUGCCAACAUUUGGCGGUACGUGACAGAAUUCUGGCUUUGUUUUCUAUGCUGGUUACUCUGGCUUGUAACUGUCUUUUCUUUGCAUGUGGCAAGUUUUCUAGCCAGUGGAUUCUUAAAGUAUUUGUGGACUGUGGUUGUGAGAAGAUUCCUCUGCUUUUUCUUUUCCUUCAAUUCCUUUUUGGAAUGGCAUCACCAUGGGGAUUGAGGCAAUGUCACAGCUGGAUUUGGCUUGAGGUAAACUUGUAAUGAAAGGUUUUCUAACAUCAUUCCUGCCAGUGGAAGGCCAUCUUCCUAUACUGGUUCAGAUAGUUCUGUCCUGACUUUGGUUUAUCAGGGUCUUUGUGCAACAAUCAGAGCAAUCUAUAAACUGCCAAGAAACUUGACAACAACUGACCUUCAGUUCCGGAUGCUGCUCAUCUUUCUCCACGUACUGUUACCGUGAACGGUAAUGCAUUGUGAUAUGUACAGCAAUGUGACCGAUGUAUCAGCAGUCAUUCUACUGCUGGAAAGGCAAUCGUGUAAAGCAUGUGAACAAAUCUGCACAGACUGGCAGGAUGACGGCAUAUGCUGAGAAUUGCCUCUUGGGAAAUCUAAUUUAUUAAACACUUGAAUAUGACACAUUUUAUACAUGCCAUCAUUUUAGAGAGAGUCUGUGUUCUGCAGUAAUGGUUGGGUGUUCUUUGUCCAGUAAGGAAGAUUGUUGUAGAAGUAGUGUAUUACCACACAGAGCACAGUAUUGCUGUAUGGGAGGCACACUGAAAGGUCACAGUCAAAAUUUAAUGCUUUUUAUUGCAUUGUGCAUUCUGAAAAAUUUCCAUCAUAUUUUCCAUACUAUAUGAGCAGCAUGCUCUUCUAAGAAUGUAUAUUCUGUUGAACACAGCCAAUUUUCUUUUGGGUUAGCAAUAUUUAUUAUAUUUCAUAACUAGUUAUCCUGCCAUUCUUGGCUAAUGUCUGCAAAUUGGACAUUCUCCCACCAGAUGUUUAUGAAACUUUUUUUUUCCUUGUUCUGGAGUUUUUAAAUAACCUGUCUGGAGCUAUGUGUGUUCUGUUUAAAAUAAACAAAAUCUUAAUAUUAAGCGGUACAGUGGAAAAUAAUUUGAACACCCUUGAAUGUGUGAUCACAAAGAUCCUUGGAAGCUGGAUUCUUUCUCCCAUUACAUGGCAGUUUGUGUAAUCACUGUAGUAAACUUAGAUAAAGGUAAAGCUGCUUACAAGACAGUUUUUAAUUUUAACAGUGCUAUCUUGUGCAUGUUCAGUCUAAACACUAACAAUAUGUAAACAUCCUAAGCAGAAGGAUUUUUCUUUUAAGAAAGCAAUUUUAUUUGCUACUGGCUGUGGUCAAUUUUUUAAUAUACAAAAUAAAGGACUCCACAUUUGAGCAGUGAGUUUGUAGUUAUGACCAUUUACAGCAGUCCAAUGUGUAUGUGUGGCUCCUUAAAAUGGAACAUUUUGACCUGAGAAAUGAAGACAACAUUGUCUUUUGAGCAGGUCAAUUUCCUUAACAAAAGCUUAUGGGUAAUUGAUGUAGUUCGUAGUUUUUUUUAUAUGUUUUAUAAGAAAAAGUAUUGUUAGAUGAUUUUGCCUAUACUGUCUCAUCACUUUUUUUCUGAAAAAGAACUUUGUGGAAAUACAGAAAUUAGCAGUUUGAGCUGUGUAUUUUUAGAAAUUUUCAGUUAAAAUUGGUGAGAUCAUGGAAGUUGUGCAUGCAAAAAUGUAAUUACCAAAAGCGGUUUGUAAGAAUCUUAACUGCAGAUGAAUAUAUUUUCAAUUUUUUUUUUGUUUUAUUAUUAGGGUAAAGUUACAAUCCAUUAUACACUUUGGUACAGUUUAGUACACUUGUUCAUCCUGACUGGUAAGAUAAUCAGCAAACGUUUAAUUUUGCUGAUUUUUUUAAUGAUGAGUGCAUCAUACAGGGAUUGAGCAUUUUGAUAGUUGGUUUGUGUUGAUGUUUAAUGCUUAUUAAGUAAGGUCAGAGAGGAAAUAAUUAGAAAUAUAACAAAUGAAUGCUUUUCAUCUAAGUAAUUUUCUUAAUGGAUUGUGUUGCCUUAAUAUAGGCCAACACUGAGCUGUUUACAAACCAGUUUGAGAUCUGUAGUAGGGGAGAUAGUAAUUAUGCAACACUUGAGAUUAAUAGAGGUUGUCCUAAUGCCUGUGAAACGUUGGACCCGUAUGAGAUCCGUCAACUUAAGUGUGAUGACUUUCUUUCUAAGCCCGUGAAUAUUUUCAGGAGGCAGUUUAACCUUCUGUUAAAGCACUUUUAAAAAACAUAUAAAGGAUAUUAACGGAUGUAAAUAUUCAUUGUGCAUUAUUUGGUAAAUUGACUUUGAAAUAUUUGGAACCUGGCAGUUUCAGGUUGAGUAAAUGCUGGCUAGAAAGCCCCAGGUGAAGCGAAUUGUGUUCCAGCUUUUGUUAGCAGUGGAUUACUCUUGUAUUUUUAUUGUUUUAUAAAAUGCUGCAUGCUUUCCCAAUUUUUAUUUUGGAUAAAACCUUUAUAUUAGUGCUUUAUUUAACUCUCCCCAAAGCUUUCCUGUCCUGAAAACCUCCGAAGAUCGAUGAAGGUAAAAAUGUAGUUAUCUUCAGUCCCACAAUCAUAAUUUAAAUUUUUAAAAGCUGAAUCUGCAAUUCUAGUUUUGUGCCAAUUAAAACUUAAGUUUUUCAUUGUUGACAAGAAACUCGACAGCUUUGCUGCAGUCAUUUUCAAUUUAGUUCACUUGUAACCAAAAUAUGUUACAGUUGUUACAUUACUUAAACACUAAUAUACCUCCUAGUCAGAAGAGAAAGGACUUCAACUGUUUACUUUAUGUUUUUUGAAAAUGUUAGCAUAAUCAGCUGUGUAAAACCAUUUGGAAACUGCUUGCCAACUAAACUACUAAAGCAUAGAUAUUCAGUGGAUGGCUUCAACACCAAUUUGGAUAUGACCAAAAGGAAUUGCUAUAUUGGGACAUCAACACUUGAAGAAUUUUUACUUUUAUGAUUUUCUCCCAUUACAAUCUGCUUAUUCACAGAUGCCACCUGUUGUCUGUGUCCAGGUACCGGUUCAUUUCUGCGCUCUUUAGCAAGUGGGUUAACCAUCAUUAAUGAAAAACUUCUGUGGCAGGUGCAAAAGAUGCAUGGGUAUAAGGGAGAAUUAGGUAUGAUGGAGGGGAUGAGGGGAAGAAGGGGGGGGGGGUGAGGUUAUGAAACAAGAGAAAUCCGGAAUGUGUAAAGGAUAAUUUGCCCUAGAUAGGUAGUGGUGUGCCCAAUACUGCAGAAGAGCCCAUCUAGGCACCUAUGCUUAAAUCUUUAUUGGGCUACCUGUCCACAAAAGGGCAACAAUUAAAAGUCGGUGUUCAAUGGGCAAAAUAAAAUCAAUGUCACAACAGCAUUCCUUUCAUGUUUUAAUUGACUUUCUGUAUGAUGUACACUACUUUUAUUGUGUAUUAACAAUGAAGAUAUUUUGAUUCAGUUUCUGUUGGGAAUAUUUACCAUGCACGUUGAUAACAUCAUCAGAUGCAUGAAUAAGAAGGGGGAAUGCUGUGUAAAUACUGAUAGAGAGUACCUUGUCUGGUUACUGUAAACGUUUCCAUUGGUUGUGGAUACAGACUCUUCAAAACAUGCACAGAACAACUUUGUGUGUAUUAUUCAUGCAAGGAAAGAAAAGUUUUCUUUUAAAUGCAUAUUCUGUGCUUAGUCUCCAUUUGGUUGCAGUUGUGUUCUGAUAACUUGAGUGGUAAUUGUGUUUACAUAUUGUGACAGUCCUUUAAACCGAUUUGCCUCCGCUGUUUUUUUGUGUGACAAUUUUAGUAGUUGGGUAUAACAAGAAUCACAAAAGCAUAAAACAUUGUGAAUCUUGGAUAAGAACAGAAACACUAAAGAUAAACAAUAAAUGUACAAGAAGAGGUAUAUUAAGAAUUUGGCUUCUGGUCAUUGCUGAUGAAAAAGACAUGAUCCAAAAUAUCUCUGCUAGACCUCAAAUACAAACUGAAUUUGCUAAAUAUAUUUUCUAUAUCUGUUAGUCAAUCACCUUUGGUGUCCAUGAUUGGUAACAUGAGCAGGAUAGCUAGUAGAAAGAGAACUUUGCUGUAUUGUGAUAUUUACAAGCAAAGGUCAAGAUCUCCAAUUUUAUAUACAUUAAAUAGGAAUUAAAUUCUGCUGAUGAGACCAGUUUUGAUGUGAGCCAAAAUGUGUAUGUGUUAACACAGGAUAUUGGUAAAUGGUAUUCUUUGUAAAUUGAGUGGCUAGUGUCAGAUUAUGCAUUGCAUCAUAAUAGCAUGUUGCAUAGCUUUGUCCAUCAUAAUAUUUUAACUAGCAAAAUAUGUUAGAAAACCUGAGCUAAGAAAACAUUGUACAUCUUGCUAAUGGUAUGUAAAUGUGUGCAUUCCAAAUUACAUGUUAAAUUUAAGGCAACAAAAUGGAUUGCAGAGAUUUUCCUCAUCAGAUUAUCACAACCUCUCUCAGUGAACUGUAAUAGAUUUUAAAGUUAUUUUCAUUUUUGUGGUAAUUUUUAAAGUAAGUAAAUAUAGAAGGACAUCAUAUGCUUCGGGCCAUAUGUUCAAUUCAUUGAGUUAGUUAAUACAUUAGCUAUUUCUCUUGUUGUUUGUUACUCUAAAAUUGGCUAAAUUUUAUUUUGCAAGCUGAGAAUUUUCUAUAGCUGAGCAGUGUAGAUAAAAGGGAGUGAAAAUACUAUUGUCAAUUACUAUUUUACUCAGGUAUUUUUUUAAUAAUGAAAGAAUGUCCAUGUUCUUUGCAAAUAAGAUAAUAUUGUAAACCACGAACAAUUUUUCUGUCUUUCUAUAAGCGGAGGGAUAAAAUUCUCGAUGCUGGUUACCCACUGUGCGUAAAAUGUAGAAAUUAAAGGCACUUGCAGUCAGAGUUAAACUUUUACCUAUCCUUAAUACCACUUUGAAAAUAUUCAGAGCUAAGUGAACAAUCCUUGGAUUUUAAUGCUUUUUGGACUGUUACCUUGUUUAAAAGAAGUGCAAUUAUCCUUUAUGUUGUUUUGAAACUGAGAUCUUUAACAGCAAUCUGUCGGGCCAUUGUUGUAAUGUGUAAAUUACUGUUUAUAUUGGAGUGAGCCACAUAUAGUGAAAUUGGCUUGCACUGUUGCAUUUGGUAAUGUGACUUAGGGUUGACAGUGAAUUCUUGAGCUAACACAAGUUUGUCUUCCACUCCAUUUUUAUGUUGUUCUCAUGGUUUUGAAACAAGUGUGACAGUGAGAGUUUGUGUAAAAGUCGUAGCAUUUUGUAAAUUACUGAUUGGAACUGUAAAUAUCCAAAAAUACCAGAAGUUACUUUUUAAAAGGUUUGGGUAUUACCAAACAAGUAACAUUAAGCAAUGACAUUUUUGUAAUGUUGUCAUGCUUAUCAUCAUCAUCACCUAAAUGUUGCAUACUUUUAUGUUGAGUACAUAAAGCCUAUUUAUUUUGGAAAAGCACUGAAAAUUUAAUAAAGAACAGUGAACUGUA